AUGGCGAUCACUCCUUCUUCGAAAUCGCAUGCGAUGCCAAAACUGACUGCAAUUCUGGACCGACUUGGCUUGAACGAGUAUCUUCAGGUCCUUACCGAAAACGGGUUUUACAGCUGGGAAACCGUUGUCGACAUUACCGAGGAAGAUCUAACGGCUCUGAAUUUCAAACUUGGUCACCGGCGAGCAUUACAACGAGAAAUUGCUACGUUUCGAGGAAUUCCAUCAUCUCUAUCUUUGGGACCUGAACCUGAACCUGAACCUGAACUAUCAAUCGAAACAACAUCUCUAUCAACAACUGCUCUCGAGACGCUGGUCCGGCAGACAGCUACCCCACCACCGCCACAACCGCGGGAAAAAAGACGAUACAGGCGGCACCCCCGGCCAGACUCUAAUGCACCGAAGAAACCGAAAACGGCUUACGUGAAUUUUGCGGAUCAUCUCCGAACAGACCCUGUAGUCAGCCAACUUUCCUUUGUGCACAUCGCAAGAGAAGUUGGCCGAAGAUGGCAAGAAUUACAGCCUGAGGAGAAGCGAGUAUGGGAAAGCAAUGCAGCCCGGGCCAUGCAGGAGUUCGAAGCUCAAAUGGACGAAUAUAAGAAAACCGAUGAAUGGCGUAAAUAUCAGGUCUACCUAAACGACUUCAGGUCACAUCAGUCUUUAGCGACAUCAGUGAAACGUCCGAGUACAAGCCGGUCGAUAUCGCGCGUCCCCAAGGAUCAUCCACGUGCCAGCCCAGACUCUUCCGACAGUCCAAAUUCCUGGCCCUCGAGUUCAUCAAUGGCGACGGAGGCUGAAGUAUGCCAUAAUGCUCUUACGCUGGCAUUUAGUGAGCUGGUGUCGCUUCGAGGCGAAAUUCUCAACCAGGGAUCGCAACCGUAUGACGAGCUUCAUCUACCGUCCGAAGAGCUUACUCGUCGAGCAGCGUAUGCGUUUGUUCGAGGCACCGGUUCGCUCUUGUACAUGUGGACUUAUGAACAGGUCAAUGAAGUUCUUGACAGAGUCUACAGGCCACAAAAAAGAGUAGAUGCAAUGACCCUCGCAGAGUGCUUUACAAUUGCCGCAAUGGGCGCCCACUAUGACAUGGAAUGCUUUCCUGACCGGAUUCGUAAAAUGCUGUAUGCAUCGGGUACUUUACAUUUCCAUGAGAAGACUGCCCGACAAGAUUAUUUGCGCACUAUGCGUCUUCUUUUGUCAAUGUCCUUCUAUGCGCUGCUCGAGAAGCAUAUGAGCGCCAGAUACCUUAUCGCGGCGGGACUGCAGAUAGCUCGUUGGAAGUGUCCACCUCUACACACCGUAGUGGUGGGUGACAUUUGGAGAAAGAUCUUCCGGAGCUUGAUCUUCAUGGACAGUUGGCUCUCAUACACAUUGGGCUAUGCCUCUGAGGCUACACCCAACGACGUCCAGAUCGCCUGCUCCUCAAAUCGACCGGAUUUGAUAACGAUAGAUGAACUUAUCCAUACGCAGACAAGUAAGAUUGGCCUAAUAGCGGCCGAAAUCUCCAAGACCCUUGCAUCACCAGAGCUCGCUACUCGUGAGAAUGUUACUAUGCUCACCAAGAAGCUCGAGGCUUGGCGUAUGGAAGUGCCUAUCAUGCUACAGAUUCCUACUCUCACUUCUAGUCAUCCUCCAGACUUGACAGUAUACCAGAGGCGUGCUAUCCUGAUGGUCCACAUUAUGUACCUUGGCGCACUCAUCCUACUAUAUCGUCAAUUACUAGUUGCUACAGCCGAGAGUCAAUUGACUGGUGACGCUGCAUGCAAUCUGAAUUUUUCAGCCGACGAUUCUCGCAGGCAUCGAGAUGAAUGUGCGGUAGCAGCCCAGCAGAUUACCCGCAUUCUGGGGUUGAUUCAUUUUGACGGCACAUUGACCAAGCGCUGCUGGCUGAUCAUUUACUGGUCUUUCACAUCCGCCAUCGUCCUUCUUUUCAGCGCCACAACAAAACUCAUGGACAACCAAACCGACGGUGUUGACGCAGAUCUCACGUACGCCAAAGCAUGCAUGGACAUCUUGGAACCCUGUCGCAGCUUUGAACCGAUAUCAGCUCGUUAUCUUGACAUACUGCAGCCAUUGUAUGACUCGUUGCGCGACGUCCACCAGCGAAUGGUUGUCAGGGCAAAGACUAGCAUCUUCUCCUUGCUGCAGGCAGAUUCAGGUUUGCUGAGUCCUCCUGUUCUGGUCUCGAGGCAAGAGAUGGGCCCAAUUUCCGAGAAGCUGUCCAUACUCCUCACCGAUCCCUUUGGCCGAAAACAGAACGUGUUCGGCGACGGAAGUACGAGACGCUUGCUGAACGCAGAUGGCUCAUGUUCAGUCUUUUGGUGGAGGUGA